AUGACCGCUGAGGAGGGAUGCUCUCCUACCCCUUCGGAUAACACCGUGGUGCCCCCGGGAACCCCAAAGAAAAUCGAGGAAGGGAACAUGCCCGUCAGGAGGGGCUCCGCCUCCUCGUCUGGUGGAGGCCCUGGCGGUGGGAUGCAGGCCGCGUCGGCGAGUGAGGUUGCGAGCCGUGAAUCUGACCUUGACGACCGCACUCUUUCACUAAAGGUGAUGGUGGGGAUCGGUCGGGUGUGCGUAUUUCGCGUUGGAGGGGUGGAGGAGACGUGCAGGACGGACGAAGUGGCCGUGCCGCGAUGGGAGUUCCUCGUGGGAGACAAGCCUCACGAGCACUAUGAUGAACUCAUGAAAUUGAGACCCCCCAUGCAGCAAAUCGCUUCCAUAGAAGACAGCAGCGCGGCUGGAACAGUCGUCGUCAGCAGCGAAACAGCCGAGGCGGUUGAAGACAGCUUCGAACUUCUUGAGGUGGGCCAGGGCUUCCAGGUCGGUGCGCUAACGCGCAAGCUGGAGGCAUUCCAGGAAACCCACGGUCUGCCUGGCGCAUCAACGGGCACCCGCGGCCAUGCAUCUCAGACGAGGGUCGCGACCAUCCUCCGCGCCCACCUGCCGGACUGCGUGAGGGACCGCAUAGAGGCCGGGCACGCGGACUUCAUAAACGAGGUCAGGAGGCUCACCGUCCUGUUCCUGGGCUUCCCCAGCCUGACGGAGCCCAAGAGGCCCACGCCGGAGCACCCCGAGGUGGCGGGGGGUGUGGGGGACGUCCAGCGGGUGGUGGAGGUGGUGCAGAGGCACAUGAGGCAGUACGACGGGUCGUUCCUGCAGUUCAGGUGCGACGAGAAAGGCUUUCUGGCCAUAUGUGCGUUCGGCCUGCCCGGGCGCACCCACCACCAGAGGCCGGUGAGGGCCGUCAGGGCGGCCCUGAAGAUAGUGGACAACUUAAAGGAGGACGGGACGCAGACCUGCGUGGGGAUAACGACGGGGGACUUGCUGUGCGCGUGCGUGGGCAGCCCCGCGAGGUCGGAGUACACUGUCUUUGGGGAUCCCAUCAACAUGAGCGCCCGGCUGAUGUGCAAGGCGAAGAAGGGGAUGGGAAGCGUCCUCUGCGACCAGAAGACGUAUGACAGGGCUAAGGCGACUGCCAAGUUCGUGGCGCUCGAUCCCAUGCAGGUGAAGGGCAGCCCCGGGCCGGUGCUCGUGUACAAGGUGGAGCCAAUGGCGCCCAGGGGCACCGCAUUCGCAAGGAAUUCGUCCGACGAAGUUGAGGUGCCGCUCACCUGCAGAACUGUGGUGCGAAAGCCGCUGGUGGAGCGCGACGACGUCAUGGAGAUGAUGUGGAGCCGAAUAUCUGGCAUGAUGAGAGAGCAUCAGGGCGGGGUCGUUCUGAUCGAGGGAGCCGCAG